UGUUGUUUUUAUAGUUGUCGUUGUCAAUUUUGUGGUCGUCAUUGCCGUUGCUCAUAAUGUCAUUGUCGGCGUCGUGGUCAUCGCAGUUAUUGUCGUUAUUAUUGUUGUUGUUAUUGUUGUUGUCGUUGUUGUUGUCGUUUUUGUUCUUGUCGUUGUUAUUGUUGUUGCUGUUGUCGUCGUCGUCUUCGUCGUUGUUGUUAUUGUUGUUGUUUUUAUUUUAUUUUAUUUUUUUAUAUGGAUUUCUUUCUAUCCUUCAUUGCAAUUAUCUAAAAUUCAAUCGCUUUUGUGUCUAUUAUAAGAAAAACCGAAUAGACUUUAGCUUCAUCGUUCCUAAACUUUGGUCUAAUUAAAGCUAUAAUGAACCAAUAAUAAAAGCAACUUAUUUAUUUUUUUUAAAAAACAAAAGAAGAUAAACGCUACUGGGAGUAAAGACACAUAAAAAACAAAGAACAUCCAGUAAGUCAUGUUGAAUCAGACGGUGUAUUAUUGGCCUGCAACUCCACUUGAUUCUGAACAAAAUAUCAUCCCUUUGUUGGUACUGAACAUAAUCUCAAUGGUAAUUGCUGUUCCUGGCAAUGCCCUGGUAUGCUAUGCAAUUGCAAGAACCAGAAAACUUCGAGAACAACCUUCAUAUUUAUUAAUUAUGUCAGUUGGAUUUGCUGAUCUUUGUAUUGGUGCAAUUGCUCAAGUACUUGUCAUUAUAAAACUGCUCCACAACUACACUCUUUAACAGAGUUUAUUAUUUGAUAAAAUUUCGUAUUGUAUUGUAUGGGGACUAUGUUGUAUCAGUGGGUUUGGAGUGCUUUGUUUAACGAUAGAUCGCUUUCUGUUUUUCGAGUAUUCCAUCUCCUACAUGUCAUUGGUUACUCGUAGAAGAAUGUUAGCAUUAAUAUUUACACAUUGGUUUCUCGGUAUAUUGUAUGGAGCACUUCCAGUCGUUGAUGAAUGUGAUAAGAUACUAAAAAUCGUCAACUUUGUAACCUUGAUAUUUAUAAAUGCGUUCAUGGGGUUUGUUUACGCUCGAGUGCAGCGGAGCAUAUCAAAACAAAGUAGACAAAUAAGUGAACGUUAUGCAAAGAAUAAAGACAGCCAAGAAAGAAAAAGUUCUUUCAAGAAGUUAUCGAAAACAAAGCAAGUGACCGUUACUAUGGUUUUGAUCGUGUUUACAUUUUGUGGAUGUUGGUACCCUUACACGACAAUCGGAUUAGUGUUGUCUCUAAGCAACGUGUCAGCAACUCCGACAGGAGUGUCUAUAUUUUACUGGGGACUUACUUUGGGUUUUAUGAACUCAUCUUUCAAUAUUUUUAUAUACGGCAUGAAGAACAAAGAAUUGAAAACGCACGUUGUGAGAUUAGUGUUUAAGAAAUUUCGAAAAGUUGGACACGAUGGAAAGUCAAAAUAUUGAAUGUGAAUCAAGCUACAGUAGCUACAGCUAUAGUACAGAGGUUUAUUAUGAUUACGAAUAAAAGAUAGAUUUCUGACUCAAA